CUCGCUGGUGCUGUAUACACCGAUGCUAGGAGUUAGUGAGCUUGCGCCACACGCUAGCGCCGUACAUUAGCAGUGCUUUCUCAGUCCUCCGAGUCUCAAAUGAUACCUUCAGGCCUUUUCAAUUCUUGAUUCUCUUUCUCUCUCUCUCUCUCUCUCUCUUUCUUUCUCUUUCUUCCCGUUUCUAUUUCUCCUUCCCCCUUUCUGCUUGUUUUGAUUUCCCUUAUCUCUCUUUCCACACUUUUGUAUAUUUGUUUCGUAUUUUUCUUUAUUUUUUUCCGUGAUUACGUUACGGUAUCUGGAAAGAAUCAGUGAAGCUUCUCGACGAACAGCAUUUAUUCUUCAAUCGCUCCAAGAGGAGGAAGGAAAAUAAAGAUGAAGAGAGCCUUUAGAGCGAGAUUUAUCGUUAUCACUCUAUAUAGUAUCCUUCUAUUUUUGUGCUAUAGCGGUGUUGAUGCUAUACAAUGUUAUCAGUGCAACAGUAAGAAUAAUAGCCAAUGCUCCGAGCUUAUUCCCCCAGACGCCAUGAAGAUAGAUUGUUCGGAUCUCAGGGACGGCGCGAAAUAUACAAUGUGCCGCAAAAUUACACAAGUCAUCGAGUUUAGCGUCAACGGCCUAACAGCUAAUACACGAGUUAUUCGUGGAUGCGGAUGGGACGAAUCAAAUUAUAAGGGCAUGUGCUAUCAACGAAGUGGUUUUGGCGGUAGGCAAGAAGUUUGCUCCUGUUUAAACGAUUACUGUAAUGCGGCAACGCCUGGAAUUUUGCCGCCACAAGGCCUCAUUCUUUCAUGCGCUUUAAUCAGUAUGCUGCUAGCGUUUUUACGGAAUUAAUCGUUAUUAAAAGACAUCAAAAUUCUCCUCCGUAGAGUUUAUAUAUAAGACCAUGAUGAGCGAAAGCUGAUAAUUAGGGAACAGUAGAAAGAUCUAAUAUAUCAAGCGUGCUUUUGUUGACACGACUUCAUGUCUGAACAGCAAAUAGUUAUUGAAAAUAACGUAUAUCAAAGCGCGUAUAUCAAAUAAAAGACCAGGAAAAAAAUUUUACCCUAUAUAAAUGGCAGAACAUAUAGCAACGCGAAGAAUUUUUCAUCUAUCGAGAAGAAAUAAAAAAAAAAAAAAUCUUCAGAGUUUAUAUACAUAUAUACGGAGUAUUUUUCGCGAGUUGUUCAUGUAGUCUUAGCAAAUUGUGUUAUGUCUAACUAUUAAUGUACUGAAAAUAAAUUAUGUACAUCGAUAUAUAUUAUAUAAUUAUCUAGAUCAUAAUAUAUAAAUAGAUGUUAAAUAUUCUAUAAAUCUAUAAAAUAGUAGAAUUUAUAGAAAGAGUGAAAAUUAUGUUAUAUUUAUAUAUAUCGUUUAUCUUUAAAAUCUGUUUACUUUCGUUAAUGAGAUAUAACGUAUAAAUAUAAUAAGAUAUUAAUUUUAAAACUCGUAAACACGAAUAAACUGUUUAAACGAAUUUUAAUAUAUUGUAAAUGACAAUUGUUAUAAUUAACAAACAAAAAGUAUAUUGAUUAAAUAGAAAUGAACUU